AUGUCUGGAAAGGCAUCCAGCUCGUCUUCAGUGUUAGAAAAGAAAGCUUUCUUUGAAGGAUUGGGCCAUCAACUCUAUCAACAGCAACAACAAAACGCAUCAACCAUGACAAGUCCAAGAUCGCUACCUUCAACUCCACGAUCCAACACUACGACAAACUUAACUUGGGAAUCAACACCAAAUUCCUCUUCACAAACCGUUUGUUCACAAAAUGAUACCGAAGCCAUCGCUACUAACAACAACCACCAACGUGAACCAACUGCUCUAGAGGAAGAACCCACUGAACCAAUGUUGACAACAUCAUCAAUGAAUGAAAUGUCGAAUGUCGAACAGACAACAACAACAACGAUUCCCGAACUACAACAACAACAACCACAACAACAAGAAGAAGAACACUCUUCCUCAUCGACCGCUCAUCUAGAAAAGGAACGACGAGUUCAUUUCAAACAAGAUGAAAUACAACAAGAGAGAGAAGCGAAAACCAAUGUCAUGGUUUCUUCUGAAAACAAUGAAAUCAUUUCAAAUCAUACCAAUGACCAUGGUAUUGAAAUACCGAAUACAAGUAUCAACAACAUUCAACUUGAAGAUCAUUCAGAGGAUUCCCUUCAUACCAACAACCACAACAACACACAUGAAUCAUCGACCAAUUCAAAUAUUCCCUCUCAUUUGGAAAGUACUCCCACUAGUAGUAGUAGCAACAAUGGUGUCAGUGGCAACAACACUACAACAAGUGGUAGUACCAGCAAUAACGUAAAAACAACAUGGAAUGCAUCUCCUUUCAUGGCAACAAGUAGUUCCAUUCCUAGUGAAACGUCUCGAUUGUUGACAUUCACAAAUGCAGUCAACGAGUCAAAUUCCAGUACUUGUGUUCACUCUCCGAACGGAGGAAGUAUUUCUCCUCCUCAACCGUCCUUCGCUGUCAACCCGUUAUCCGAUCCAUCAGUCAUGACACGAACAUUAAAAGAUUUUAAAAUUGUGAAAAAGAUUGGAGGAGGAAAUGAAGGAGCAGUGUUUUUUGCAGAAUUGAAAAAUCCACUCACAGACGAAGAUCCCAACGUAGCCAUUAAAUUGGUCAUUUGUGACGAUCCACAAGAAGUAGAAUCAACUCGGAAUGAACUUCAAUUUUUAUUGACACUUCUACAGGAAAAUAUUGUGAAACAUUAUUACAUUUUUGAAGAAAAGAAGAAGGGAGUGAUGAAUGAACAAACUCGAUUUUAUAUUGUGAUGGAAUAUUGUGCAGAUGGAAGUUUAGAACUUGAAAUUAACAAGAGACAACGAGAACAACGACCUUUUGAAACAGAACUUGUUAAACGAUGGACCAGACAAAUUUGUCAAUGCAUGAAUUACAUGCACAGUCAAUCGAUUGUUCACAGAGAUAUCAAACCUGAUAAUAUCUUGUUAGCCAAGAACAAACAAUUUAUCAAAGUUUGUGACUUUGGUUUCACACGAAAGGAUAAAAAACUCAUGACCACAAUUAUGGGAACCAUGAAAUACAUUGCUCCUGAAAUGCUUGACAGUAGAGUGUAUGAUGAGUCGGUCGAUAUUUGGUCAUUGGGAGUUUUGCUUUUCCAAUUAAUUUGUUUGUACACACAGGCAGAAAUUCCAGAUCUCAUUCUUGAAAUUAGAAACAAUCCAGAUUAUAUUCGUGAAAGAUUGAAGGAUCACGAUGAAGUUCUUGUGCAAAUUAUUGAGAGAUGUCUCAAAAUUGAUCCUGUUGAUCGUCCAGAAGCGAAAGAUAUUAUUGAAUUGAUUGACAAACAAGAGUCUAUUGAUAGCUCAUUUCAACAACAAGAAACACCAGUCAAUAUUCCAAAGAAUACUGACAAUUUCCAAGACAAUGAUGUGAAAGAAUUGGCCAAAUUAUUGGAUCAAUUAGAACGAGCAAGAUUGUUAAAAAUUAAAGAUCCACUCAAAGCCAUCGAGUUAGAUAGAGCAAGAGAAUUCUGGAGAGCAAAUGGAUGGGCAAAUCAAAAAGAAGUAUUGUGGGUGGAUUUCAGAGAGGCCUAUCAAAAACAUGCAUUGGAUUUUAACAAAAUUCCAAAGAAUGCUGAAAGAGGUUUCAAAAAGAUGAUUACAGCCAAUCAAGAGUUUGAUGUCUAUAGUAACGAUGAUGACAAAACAGGUAUUGUCACUGUACUCAGCUACAACAACUUGGUUCGAAGAGCUGGAUUUCCAUUCAAUUUGGAUGUUUUAGAUCUCAUUCAAAAUUGUCUAGUUUUGGGAGAAUAUGAUUGGAAUAUUGAAAAAUAUAACAAACCCAUGGAUCCUCAAUCCUAUGCGCAUGCAGAGAGACAAUAUUUGAAUAUGAUUUUACAGAAUGAGAAAUUAUUUGUGGAUCCAAUUAGUCAGGAGACACUUUCUGUGGAUGACCAUUGCGUUUCUCUUCACCUUUUACAACAUGGAAAAGAUUGGAUUGAUGAAUUUAUUGGAGUUGGUGCCAAUACUCUCUCAAAUGUCACCAUGACAAGUGCCACGAGCUUUAGUGACGAGAAGGAAUAUGAAAAUCAUCGAAGAAUUCAUUUAAUUGAAAUGUUUAGUGAAGGACAUGCCAUUCAAAACGAGGAGAAAGAAAAACAAUCCGAUGUUGAAAACUUUAAUGCUAAACAAAAUCUAUUGCAUGAGAAUGGAGAUGAAUUUAUCACUUCGCUUCCUUCCAAUUGCCUUCGAUUUAUGCUACUCAGUAACGCUUCCUGUGGUAAGACGUGUAUGUUAAAAAUGGUCAUGUCACGCCUUGUGAAAAAUAGAAUGCAACAACGAGAGACAUCGGGAGAGAAGGUUCUCAUUCCACUCCUUGUUCCGGCUGGUCUUUUUGCAAGUUUAACCAACGAGGCCGAAUUCUUUAUCAAAUGCAUUCGAGCAAGUGCUGGAGGUAGUAUUGGAAAUAGUGGCAAUACUGUGAGAUAUUUGGAUACUUUGGAACAUUUCUUGUUGACAGCAAUUAAGGAACAGCGAGUGCUUUUUAUUUUUGACGGAGUGGAUGAAAUUGCUUCUCCUCAACAAAAGAAGCGAUUCCUUCAAAGUUUGAUGGAAUUUUUCCCACCACAAGAAGAAGUUCCAGAUUCCAAUGGUUUAAUUCUAUCCAGUAGAUUGGGAGGUAUUGAAGCAGAUGUGAAAACGAGAAAAUUCUUUUCAUCCUUCACAGCAGCGAGUAUUCAAAAUUUGACCUUUGAUAUUCAAAAACGAAUUGCACAAAAACGAAAUGUCAACAAUGAAGCUUUCCUUUCUUCCAUCAAGGGAAAAUACAGAGAAUUGGCAAAAACUCCAAUUCUUCUUUCACUCAUCAUUGAGGAAUUCAAAAUCAAGGGAUCGCUUCCAGAAGUUCGAUCCAAGAUUUAUUACAAUGCUCUCGAUACCAUUACAAAACUUCACUACAGCAAACUCGUUGGAGAUCAACAACGAGUUCCCAAAAUGCAAAAGACACUCAUUGAAUUUUUAAGAAAGGUUUCAAUUUUUCUUCACAAAUUACGAAGACUCACAUUCAGCACUGAAGAUUUCACACACUCACUGGAAUUGGCUCGAAAUCUCUGUACGGGUCCCAACGAUGACAAGAAACUUGCGUUUAUGAGUUUAGCGGAGGGAGAUUUUGCAUCCAAAGGAGACGAUUGGAUUUUCAACGCUGUUGCCAAUCCAGAAUUUCAAAAGCAAUGGGAAGCUUUAAAGAAACGAAUUGAUUCUGGUAAAUUCCCUCUCAUUGUUUCAACUGGUGACGGAAAGUAUCGAUUCAGUCACACUUCAUUUCAGGAAUAUUUAGUGGCGAGUCAUUGGGCAGAUGCGACCCAUGUGAGUGAUUUUAGAAUUCGAUCGACAGGACCAUUCGCUAAAAACAAAUUGGAAUAUUUCAAGGAAAGAAUUCGACAAUUGGUUGUAGAUCCUUUUUACAAAGAAACAUUCCUAUUUUGUGCUGCAGAGAUGAGUCGAUCUGAUUUUGAAGAGUUUAUCAAAUUCCUCAUGAACAAACUCUUCAAACACAACAUUGGUCUCGUCGAUAGCAUUAUUUAUAACAUGAUUAUGGAACGACCCAAGUCCGAGCAUGGUGAAUAUACCAAGAUUAUGAAACCAUUACGAAACGAUGAACGAGUUUCCAUCAUUGUCAAGGGUCUCAUUCACGAAUCUGAAGAUUUACGAAAAAUGGCUCUUUGUCGAUCCUUCAUGUUUAAUGAACUUUUUGACAAAAUUGGUGAUGGUUUAUUGAAUCAUAUUCAUGACAAUGAAAAUACAUUACAAGCUCUCUCACUCGUCAUUCCUAAAGGUGAACAGAAAUAUGUGAAAAUUUUACUUGAAAAACUUUCAAAUAUUAGUGACAUUCAAGUGAAGAGAAGAAUUUGUUUGUGUAUUGGAAAGAUUUCAGAUAAGGGAGAUUCCAUGGUUGUGAACAUGUUGUUAAAUAUUAUUCACAAUACUCCACGUGAAAGAUCGAACAUUUCUCUCAUUGAAGCGUGUGUCGAUAGUGUGUGUCGAGUUGGUGAAAAAGGUGACUCGAACAUUAUCAAUGCAUUAAUUCCCAUGUUAGAAGAUUACAACUUUAGACGAAUUGCAUCGAUUGGAUUAGGAAUGAUUGCCAAUACGGGUGACAAACAAGUCAUUUCAGCUCUCACAAAGGUUGCUAACAAGUGUCAAGAAGCAUGUCUCUGUUUAGGUAAAUUAGCUGAAAAGGGUGACAUGGAAAUUAUUGACACGCUAUUGGAUUGUCUCAAAGAAAAUAGUUUUGAUGAUUUAAUUGUCAAUGAAGCCAUCUCGUCAGUCGUCAUUCCAGAUUUACUUCCAGUCAUUCAAGAUCGAUUAUUAGAAAUGUUACUCAAUGAAAGAAAAUCCAUUUCGUAUCGAGUGGCAAUGGCAUUGGGUCCAAUUAGUCAGAGAAAGAAUUAUGGACUUGUUCGAUCUUUGGUAGACAUGCUCUAUACUGUGAAACCAAAAGAUCGAAUUAUUUGUGCACUUGGAUUUUCAUCUCCAAAAGAAGAUUCUGAAAUUAUUCACGAAUUAUUGAAACAAUUAUCAAACAAACAAUCCAAUUAUGUCUUUAGGGAACAAUCUGCAUUGGCACUGGCUCAUCUCGCUAAAAAAGGAGAUGAACGUGUCAUUGAUGAAUUAUGUAAGAGACUUCACACGGAUCAGGAAGAAGUCAUUGUCGCAUGUACGACUGCUCUCGAGAAAAUUACCAAUCCCAACAAUCAAAAAGUACUCAACAUGUAUGUUGAAUUAUUGAAACAUACGGAUAUUGGAGUUGUUGAAGUUUCUGUGAGAUAUCUUGGAAGAAAAUGUGAACGAGGUUCAGAAUCCAAGUUGAUUGUGAAACAUUUGAUGGAGCGAUUGGAAAAUCGUGAAUCUCCAGAAGUGGUGCGAGCAUUGUGUGCUGAAGCAUUGGGUUAUGUGGCAAGUUUCAAUGAUGAGAGAGUGAUCAAGUGUUGUCUCAAUAUCAUCACUGAGGAAGGAAAAUCAAUGACUGUGUUGAGAUUAUUCUGUUUGAAAGCAAUUGGAAUGCUCAAAUCAGUGAAACAAGACGAUUAUGUCACUUCAACUUUAUUUGAGUAUAUUGUGAAUUUGAGUACAACCAAUAUGGACUUGGAUUCCAAAAAGUUUAUAAUUCAUGCCACAUUUAUCAUUUCACUAUUUUGUGACCUCAAAUCCAUGGUGGAUCGAUUGAAAAAUAAGAAUUACAAGUCACACAAACAUCUCAUCUUUGAUAUUGUGGUAAAAGGAAUUCGAUUUAUUCGAUUAUUUAACCAGAGCUAUCGAUUGGAUGAUGAGAGUGUGCUGCUCUUGCAAAAACAAGACGAUUUGGAAGCAUCGUUUAUCUUGAUUGAAAAUGCUUUGAUGGAAGGAGGUGUUGUGGAUGUCAAUAAUUAA